GGAGGAAGCACGAUUGCUUCGUUAUAUCCACUAUUCUCUCUCGCUCUCUCAUUCAUUUUCGAGUUUCUGCCUUCGCUAUUCUCUCUGCCGCAGCUAAGGGCUGUAUAUUCACUUAUCCCCUAAAACCGAUAAACCCUAUUUCGUCCUCAGCGGCGGCUCUUAGGAAAAAUGGCAUCAACAUUCACCGCCAUGUCUUCCAUGAGCUCCCUGAUGGCACCUUGCCGUCCCACAAAAGAUGGGAAGCUUUCUAACCAUUCAGAGAAACUAUCCUCUUUUGCUUCCAUAUCUUCAAGUUCCCUUGGAAGGAGACAAAAUGUUAUACUUCAGAGAAGAUGUUCCCCCAAGAUAAGGGCAAUGGCCAAGGAGCUGUACUUCAACAAGGAUGGUUCAGCUACUAAGAAGCUCCAGAUUGGUGUUAACAAGCUUGCAGAUCUAGUUGGGGUUACUCUUGGUCCAAAGGGCAGGAAUGUGGUACUGGAGAGCAAGUACGGUUCCCCUAAAAUUGUUAAUGAUGGUGUGACUGUGGCCAAGGAGGUUGAGUUGGAGGACCCUGUAGAGAACAUUGGUGCUAAAUUGGUGAGACAAGCUGCGGCAAAGACCAAUGACUUGGCUGGUGAUGGAACGACGACAUCUGUUGUUCUUGCACAAGGUUUGAUUGCGGAAGGUGUUAAGGUGGUUGCAGCUGGUGCUAACCCUGUUCAAAUUACUCGAGGAAUUGAGAAGACCACUAAAGCUUUGGUUGCUGAGCUUAAGAAAAUGUCAAAAGAGGUUGAAGACAGUGAAUUGGCUGAUGUAGCUGCUGUUAGUGCUGGAAACAACUAUGAAAUAGGAAAUAUGAUAGCUGAAGCCAUGAGUAAGGUGGGUAGAAAGGGUGUGGUGACUCUUGAAGAAGGAAAGAGUGCUGAGAACAGUCUUUAUGUUGUAGAGGGCAUGCAAUUUGACCGUGGUUAUAUCUCCCCUUACUUUGUGACAGACAGCGAGAAGAUGGCAGUUGAAUAUGAAAACUGCAAGUUGCUUCUUGUUGACAAAAAGAUCACAAAUGCAAGGGAUCUCAUCAAUGUUUUGGAAGAUGCUAUAAGAGGGGGGUAUCCAAUUGUAAUAGUUGCUGAAGACAUUGAACAGGAAGCUCUAGCCACUCUUGUCGUAAAUAAGCUCAGGGGGGCACUGAAGAUUGCUGCGUUAAAAGCUCCUGGAUUUGGAGAGCGCAAGAGCCAAUACCUCGAUGACAUUGCUAUUCUUACUGGAGCAACUGUAAUUAGGGAUGAAGUUGGGCUAUCUCUUGACAAAGCUGAGAAGGAGGUCUUGGGUCAUGCUGCCAAGGUGGUACUUACGAAGGAUGCUACCACAAUUGUUGGUGAUGGCAGCUCUCAAGAAGCAGUAAAUAAGCGGGUUGCUCAAAUUCGGAACCUCAUUGAGGCUGCAGAACAAGAUUAUGAGAGAGAGAAGCUCAAUGAAAGAAUUGCUAAGCUCUCCGGUGGCGUUGCUGUCAUUCAGGUUGGAGCACAAACAGAGACAGAACUGAAGGAGAAGAAAUUGAGGGUCGAAGAUGCUCUUAAUGCAACAAAGGCAGCAGUUGAGGAAGGUAUAGUAGUUGGUGGUGGGUGUACUUUGUUAAGGCUUGCUGCAAAGGUUGAUGCCAUUAAAGAUACACUCGAAAAUGAUGAGCAAAAGGUUGGGGCUGAUAUCGUUAGAAGGGCUUUGGGCUAUCCUCUGAAGUUAAUUGCCAAAAAUGCAGGUGUCAAUGGAAGUGUUGUUAUUGAGAAGGUGCUAUCAAGUGACAAUUCAAAGUUUGGUUACAAUGCUGCGACUGGGAACUAUGAAGACUUGAUGGCAGCUGGGAUAAUUGAUCCAACCAAGGUUGUUAGAUGUUGCCUGGAGCAUGCAGCCUCAGUUGCAAGGACCUUCCUCACAUCAGAUGUUGUGGUUGUGGACAUCAAGGAGCCUGAACCCAUGGCUGCUGGAAACCCCAUGGACAAUUCAGGGUUCGGUUACUGAUUCAAUGGAAUGGAAUGAUUUGUGGAGAGCAACUGAUCUGCAGAGUGACCAUCUUGAGACACCAUAAAUAAGAUGCUCCAGAAUAAUGGAGGGCACUG